GUCAAGCGUAUCUCCUUCUCGAGAUGACCGAAAAAGGGGGAGUGAUGGGCAGAACCAGCGCUUCCCUCAGGCACUAGACUUGCCACGAGUGGACCUAGUCUCCCCACCUACUGCUUCACUCUACCCAAAGAACACAGAUCUGUUUGAGAUGAUUGAAAAGAUGCAGGGAAGCAGGAUGGAUGAACAACGAUGCUCCUUCCCACCACCCCUCAAAACGGAGGAAGACUACAUUCCCUACCCAAGCGUCCACGAGGUCUUGGGGCGAGAAGGACCCUUCCCCCUCAUCCUGCUGCCCCAGUUUGGGGGCUACUGGAUUGAAGGCACCAACCACGAAAUCACCAGCAUCCCAGAGACAGAGUCGCUGCAGUCACCCACAACCAAGGUGAAGCUGGAGUGCAACCCCACAGCCCGCAUCUACCGGAAGCACUUUCUCGGCAAGGAGCAUUUCAAUUACUACUCACUGGACACUGCCCUGGGCCACCUUGUCUUCUCUCUCAAGUAUGAUGUCAUCGGGGACCAGGAGCACCUGCGGCUGCUGCUCAGGACCAAGUGCCGGACAUACCAUGAUGUCAUCCCCAUCUCCUGCCUCACCGAGUUCCCCAACGUGGUCCAGAUGGCAAAGCUGGUGUGUGAAGAUGUGAAUGUGGACCGAUUCUAUCCUGUGCUCUACCCCAAGGCUUCCCGGCUCAUCGCCACCUUUGAUGAACACGUUAUCAGCAAUAACUUCAAGUUUGGAGUCAUUUAUCAGAAGCUUGGGCAGACCUCCGAGGAGGAGCUCUUCAGUACCAAUGAGGAAAGUCCUGCCUUCGUGGAGUUCCUCGAAUUUCUUGGCCAGAAGGUCAAACUGCAGGACUUUAAGGGGUUCCGAGGAGGCCUGGACGUGACCCACGGGCAGACGGGGACCGAGUCUGUGUACUGCAACUUCCGCAACAAGGAGAUCAUGUUUCACGUGUCCACCAAGCUGCCCUACACAGAAGGGGACGCCCAGCAGUUGCAGCGGAAGCGGCACAUUGGGAAUGACAUCGUCGCUGUGGUCUUCCAGGACGAGAACACGCCCUUUGUACCUGACAUGAUUGCCUCCAACUUCCUGCAUGCCUAUGUGGUGGUGCAGGCUGAGGGUGGGGGGCCCGAUGGCCCCCUCUACAAGGUCUCCGUCACUGCCAGAGAUGAUGUGCCCUUCUUUGGGCCCCCGCUCCCAGACCCUGCCGUGUUCAGGAAGGGGCCUGAGUUCCAGGAAUUUUUGCUGACAAAACUGAUCAAUGCUGAAUAUGCCUGCUACAAGGCAGAGAAGUUUGCCAAACUGGAGGAGCGGACACGGGCCGCCCUCCUGGAGACGCUCUACGAGGAACUGCACAUCCACAGCCAGUCCAUGAUGGGCCUGGGCGGCGACGAGGACAAGAUGGAGAACGGGGGCGGGGGCGGCGGCUUCUUUGAGUCUUUCAAGCGGGUCAUCCGGAGCCGCAGCCAGUCCAUGGACGCCAUGGGACUAAGCAACAAGAAGCCCAACACCGUGUCCACCAGCCACAGCGGGAGCUUCACACCCAACAAUCCUGACCUGGCCAAGGCUGCUGGAAUAUCCCUGAUUGUCCCCGGGAAGAGCCCCACAAGGAAGAAGUCAGGCCCGUUUGGCUCACGCCGCAGCAGCGCCAUCGGCAUCGAGAACAUACAGGAGGUGCAGGAGAAAAGGGAGAGCCCCCCGGCUGGCCAGAAGACCCCGGACAGCGGACAUGUCUCACAGGAGCCCAAGUCAGAGAAUUCCUCCACUCAGAGCUCCCCAGAGAUGCCAACGACCAAGAACAGAGCGGAGACAGCAGCCCAGAGAGCAGAGGUGCUGAAGGACUUCUCCCGCUCCUCAUCCAGUGCCAGCAGCUUCGCCAGCGUAGUGGAGGAGACAGAGGGUGUGGAUGGAGACGAUACAGGCCUGGAGAGCAUCUCGUCCUCAGGGACUCCUCAUAAGCGGGACUCCUUCAUCUACAGCACGUGGCUGGAGGACAGCGUCAGCACCACGAGUGGGGGCAGCUCCCCAGGCCCCUCGAGGUCACCCCACCCAGACGCCGGCAAGUCGGGGGACCCUGCAUGUCCCGAGAUCAAGAUCCAGCUGGAAGCAGCUGAGCAGCACACGUCACAGCUGGGCUGUUAGCCAGGCUCCCCUCAGAAGGAGACUGAGCAGAUGAGGCCGAAGAAGCACAAGGUGAAGAUGCUGUGUCACAUCCAGGCAGAUGGGACCUCUGUCCCCAAGGCCACCACCAGCCUGUGGGCUGCCCCCUGUCUCCCCAACCCUCCCCUUGGCCCACCAUCUAGGCUGUCUCUGCAGGGCGGAGCCAUUCAGACCUGGGAGUGGGGAAGCUGCUGGCAUCAUCCUCACCCCCCAACCCGGGGCCGGGGGGCCAGGCUGGGGCAGGGAGUGGUCAGUUGCAGCAGGACUCCAGGCCUGGCUUGCCCCAACCUGGGCCCCCUAUCACACCUUGGUGCCCCUCUAGACUCAGGGGGAGCAAGAUGGGAGGGGCACUGAGAUAUCUCAGUGCAUACAGAGCCUCCAGGCAAUGGGAUGUGAGAUGUGAUGGAAUGAGCCCUGGGCUGGGAUGCCUGAGUCCUGGCUUCUACUUUGGGUCCUGCUGUGUGGCUCUGGGCUCUCUCUCUCUCUGGGCACCUCUGCUACAAAUGGACAAGAUUAUUUCCAGAGUUACUGAUGACUGUGAUUCCAUGCACCUGCCCUGGAAUGGAGGAUUGUCCUCCCAGGGGCCUCCCAUCACCCUACCCUGCUUCUUGGGGGUCACAAGGCCCCAGGUGGGCCAAGGGGCAGGGAGCUGGCUAUGCCCAUUGCCCCUCCUGGACCCUCAAGCUCUACCACAGAUCUGCCGAUGCCCUGUCCACUGCCUCCACAUGACAGACAAGUGGCUCCCUUGUGGGAGGGUGGGGACCCUACCUGGCUCCUCAGCCAGCACCCAGCUUCACUUCUGCCAUCCCAUGUUCUGGGGCUUCCAGGCUGAGGGGUCUCGGCUGGCCUGGAGUACAGGUCUCGCCUUUGCGACCCCCUCACUCCCAUAGAGGGGGAAGCCAGGAAUAGCUGCUGUGAGUCCACAUCCUUGUGUGUGUCUGUCCACACUUUUUAGGUGCCACGCCAAAGGUCAGCCUUCCCUCCCCAACACCCAUUUGGGAAGCCCCCGUGGCCAUGUGUAUGUCGGUAACAGUUGUACAAAAUAAAUUCUAUUUAUCGCUAUUGUACCC